GACGACAUCUGCUAUUUGGAGAAUAUUUGCGGAAAUGAUAUCCCUUUAUCUCCUAAAAGUGCCGAUAAACACACACUAUCGAAGACUAACUUUAAUAACAUCGAUGGAGGUAAGCAUGUUUUAGCUUAUUUUUAAACUAGGAAUUAAUUUGAAUGAAUUAAAACAAUUACGGAAUUUCAUUUUGGCUUUCGUAUCAUCUGAAGAAUUAUGGAGAUCUCGACCUUUCUACUUGGCUCAAGUCAUCAUAACCAGCAAACGUUGAAAAAAAUUAAAUUUGGAAGACUGGCGAGAUCGGAUAAAAUGACGUCAAUACAGUCUACAAGUUAAACGCCUGAAACUGAGGGACCGCAACUAACAAGCGCUGGGGACUAGUUUGAUUUGUACAGCUGUAGAAAAUGGCUGAAAAGUUUACACGUUUCGCAAGGAAAAUGUAGGCAAGAAAACAUCAAAUACAACUCGAAGUGCGCUGUUUGAAGAAUAUCUUCAAGACUAAACAUCUUUUAAAUUUGUAUACUAAAUUUGUCGAGAAAGAGGUAAAUUAUAUGAAGACGGUGAAUAAGCAUCGAUCGAGAAAUUGUCUUGAAUGGAUAAUAAAACAUUGAUUGGAUUCGUUUGUCGUAUGGUCAGAAGAAUUAUGCGGAUCGAGUUCAUCCUACCGAUGCAUAUUUUCACGAAAAAUGUUUGUAAAAUCGGCAUAACCCGGAAUCUAAAUAGGAUACGUCCUGCUGAGAUUUCUAACAAAGAUGAAAAUGAAAACUUGAUUAUGCUGCGUGCAUUUGUGUGAAUCGACAAAAUUUAAGAAGUUUCAAUAAGUAUUUUGACCUUUGAUACUUCUUUGUAUACAGAAAGUAGAUGCUGACAGUCCCUUUACAAGCAUUUUACGCAGCACACAUGCACAGUGGCUAAUUAUGAAAGUCAAUAGUUUUGUAUCGGUAUUCUUAUUCAGUUCAGUGGCCUAUUACUGCUAUGAACAAGUAAUUAAUUUACCUUAAAAUGCUAAUAUUUGUAAAUGUACCUUCUUUUAAAACCUGAUGACUAGCCUUUUGUCUAUUUUUCUUAAAGAAUAUUUCUGCUGUACCAGUAGGAAAUUCAAGUAAUUAAUAAGACAUAAUAAACUGCAACACAACUGAACUGCAAAGCGGCGAUUUCAACUAUUUCAACUUGCUGGUAGAAUUAAAAUGAUGACAACGACUAAACCUGUCUUGUAUAGUUUUUAUAUUCAGUAAAUGUUUUGAACCCAGGAGUAAUGCUUUAACUAAAUUGUAACGAUCAAGGUCAUCUAAGAGGGUGUAAUCCCCAACAGGAAUGUUGUGGACAAUCACAGGGCCACCAAGGUUUAGACAACCUGUGCGGUAGAAAUCUCCAGAGUCAAACUUAGUUGUAUCUUAGCUACGUUUAUUUGUUAUUGACCUAAUUGGCCAAGUCUUCAAUUGAGUUAAAUUGUUUGAUUCUGUGUUUAGUUACCGCCACUUCAGUGAUUUUUUUAGUAUGCAUCUACUUUACCCCAAAAAUGGCAUAUUUACCAUCUUCAUAGUGCCAUAAUAUUUCCAUAAUAUUGGAUCAACUUUGAUUUAUAAGUAACUCAAUGUCUCUGUUAUUGCUUCAGUAUUAUCGAGGGACCACGCAAUGUUCAUUGCUUCACGUUCUGAGCCGAAAUCACGGAAAUUCAGCUAACGUAUAUAUAAACAAAAACCGUGUCCAUUAAAGGCUAGGACUAGCUGACGUCAGAUCCAGAUGAGCCAGUACACUCAAUGGUUGUUAAAAGUAUAACUUAACUUUGAAAAAAUAUCACCGCGCAACUCUGAUGCAACAUUUAUCUUGAUAUGUAAAACCCCGCUUCUUGUUCUCCUCUUCAGGCCACGCAUGCGAGUGAGAAAACGAUUUCCUUUAAUGAUAAAGGAAAAACCACUCAUUUAUUUUUCAUCGAGAAAGGAAAUAUAAUUAUAAAAGUUGGAUUUGAUUUGCUCUUUUUCUAGCGAGCCAAUAGGCCAUUCCGAAUUCCCCCUGGGCCUCUUUUUCAAAACGAGGGUAGGUGCUCACCCUUUGAUAUGGAAAUCAUUUUUCAUUCUCAUGCAAAUAAAACUCAUUUUUACAAGAAAGGUUGUGCACUUAGGGUCAGUUCAGACGUCGUGCUUCUGCCGUGCCGAACUAAAUUCAGGAAUUAAGUUCGACAAAAGCACGGCAGAAGCACGGCGUCUGAAUCAAACUUUUGAAUUAAGUUCGGCAAGCAAAUAAGUUCGACAAGCGCUGCCGUACUACACGGCUCUAGCACGGCAGCGAUUCAAACGUCGUGCUUCUGCCGCGCUAAGCAAAAUUCAUACAUUAUAUUAAUGUAUUCUGGCGAGAUUGCGUUCCCACGGGGAGUUAGGAGGGGAAUUGUUAAGAGGCAUCAGUAAAUCCUGAAUUUGGUUCGACUCUCGCACGACGUCUAAUCAAAGUUGUUUUCCUGCCGUGCUACAGUCAAACCGAGCUAAAAUUAAGUUCGGCACGGCAGAAGUACGACGUCUGAACUGGGCAGUAGACUCAUUUUGAAAUUGAGGGUUUUUGGAAAUCGGAUGUUCCAUGGCGCUCAUCCGCACAAAUCUCUUUUGAUUAACUAAAAUUAAUAUUUUGAUUUAUCAUAAGUCAUUUACAAUCAGAAUCUUUUUAAAAAAUAUAGUUCAGAAAUGUGGCUUUAUCUUAUGUAUAUCUCGAAGAAAAUUUCCUUUUUGGGAGAAAAACGUUCCUUUUUCUGGAUUUUUCUCAAUGCUGAUUAAGUGACACAUUUCUGCUUUUGAAUGUCUUCCGCGGUUCUAUACGAUGCUGCCUCCCCUUUAGCUGCACAUGAAUGUCCCCUUUUGUUUUAAGAUAACGCAGUUUAACUCAGUUGUCGCGUAUGUGUAUCACGUUGUGUAACUUUGUGUAUGUACUAUAGAUGUAUACACAGCUGUAUACAUGCAUGGAGAGAUGUGUCAUGAAAAGUCGAAUAACCGUUAACAUACAAACCACCCGCGCAAUUAAAAACAGAGGCUACAUCCCCCAGUCCACAACUUAGUCUUUGUGACAUACUAUUGUUUCGAAGAUCUGUUGUGAAUUUCAGCUCUUGUAUGUGAACCUUGGUCAUUUGAUAUUGUACGUGGAAAAAGAGGCUAAUUGAAUGCGUUAUGAAGUAAUAGACUAUGACCAUAAGUCAUGAGUACCUUUCCAUUUUUCCUAAGAACUUAAACUUAACUAUGUUCUUUUUCUUUUUGUUUCUUUGCACAUUUUCUCUUUCCUAAGUAAAAAAAGUCUUGAGUUGAAAAAGUGAAAAACUCAAGAACGGAACAAGAGAGGUUAGCUAUAUUAGAACUUUUGUAUGGCAUUCUGUUGAAAAUAGAAUGUGAAACUAUAGUCCAAAAUAGAUUUUCCUUUUCAGUGGCCAUUUACAUCACUUGAUAUAUAUUAGGUGUUUCUAUUCCUGUACAAACUUGUGGACUUGAAUUCCUGUUGUUUAGAGAGUUAAUUUACUCCACCGGACUCGACCGUCUUCCCUUUGUUUGUAUCAAUUUGGACAAGAAACUGACUGGUGAGAAUUAAUUCUUCACAGUUCUAAUUAGUCAGUUACGUAAAUGCAAGUCUUGGUCUUUAGAAUCUUUCUAGCUUGGGGGUUGUUGGGUUAGCUUGUAAUUAGCUAUGGUAUCCAUUUAAAUGUAUAAUUGAUUCUUAAUUAUUUUAUAAAGCUUCCGCAUUAUCAGGGAAAGUGAAUCUUCUGUUAGUUCUGCCACAGGACAGUUGACUUAGAUCCGAAGCUUAGAAAAAGGAAAUACCUGUGCUUUUGCUAUUCCACUUCUUUUAAACUUAAUUGAUUAGAAUAUUGAAUUUAUACUUGGCGAAGACCUCAGUCGAUAAUUAUAUCCAUAAUAUCAUAUCGAACAACCAUGAAAACAGUAUUAGAACAAUAAGCAGCAGUAGUGAUUGGAAUUCUCUCAUACCAAUAUCUUUAAUUUAAUAGAAUGUGAGAGUGCUGAUUUCAGUUCAACAGCUGAGGUGUCCGAAGUAAACAUCGCUUUCUUUUUUACAUAAAAUACAUUGAAAAAAAAACCAUUUUUUGAAUUUAAGUUAAAGUCAUCCCAAGAUGAUUCAAAUUAGCCACAUGGAGAGUCACUCGCCGGUUGGCCCGAUGCUUAUAAGUGUAAAGUCUUGGCUGCCUUUGAAUGUCUAAUAUUUCAAAACUUACCUGCAAGAACGAGGAUCACUAAAAACAUCUUGGUCAAAAGGUGCGUUUUAAAAUAUAUUUUUGUUCGUUCAAACUUUCUCUCAGAUUGUUACCGGAAAAAAAGAUGUAUGGCUACUUUAUAGAUCUUUGUUUGCCAAGACCUGGAAUGGCAUCAACGCGAAAGUGUUGAGGAAAUAAAUUAUUCUGGUCUGGAACAAUGAACAAACUCUCAACGUACUGUGAACAAUCAAGUGCCAAUUUAAUUUGUUUUCUUAUCAAGAUGAUCAGUUCCUGCCAGUAUGCAACUUCAUUUUCACUCCGCAAUUUUACUUCAUCUUCUGUUUUUGAGACAAAUUACUACACGUUGACUUAUGAUUCUCAAAAUUUAAGAAAAAGUCAAUGUUAUUAUUGUGGAAUAUAAUGAUUUACUUAUUUACCUCUUAAUAGCUGUGACUCUAUUACAAACAAAUAGGAUUCCUCCCUAUCCCUUUGGCCUAACCGCAAGAAAUCAUGAAGGUAUGUUGAGUUUAUCUUAUUUAAACUGUCUCAAUAUAUAUUAGGUCAUUUAAUCUGCAGCUGAUUUACACCACUAACAACCCCUGACUAAUACAGUUAAGAGUCAAGAAACACGCGAGGGUGUGUUUAUGACGAGUUGAUCAUUACGUGGGGUGGCAAAUAAAUCAGCGAUGUUAGACUUUCUCUCGCAAUAUCAUUUGAACUCACGAAAAUAAGAGCCUUUAUGUAAUGCAUGCCAUAUCUGACGUGAAGAAAGUGAAAACGUGGCCAGGAACGAAUGUUAUGUUAUCGUCAUGACCAACACAAAAGCUCCACUUUGGGGGUGACGCACCGAUCAGCGGUUGAACUUAUUUCAAUCGUGCUAGUCCUAAAGAAGAUCCAGGAAUAUGAUUUGAAUGAGGCGUUGUAUAAUGGGCCCUUUGCAGAAUGAAACGGUCACAUGGUACAAAAUACACCUAACUGGAUGAAAACCGACCCAGUGUGGAACCUUGAAAAAAAAGGAUAUUAGCUUUUUGAAUGGUGUAAUCUCUUUGGUUUUCUUGCCCCUCUGUGUCAGUCGUUUGCUAUCAAGCGUAAAUACAGUACUUGAAUUUAAUGGCAUUCGUGUAGACUUUCGUGUCGCCGGUUAAGUAAGUUUAAAGUUGUCUCGUGUCUUUUUUAAAGCAUCCUCCUUACUUAUUCUUUCAGCGUAAAGUAUUCAGUCCUGUAACAAUCUUUCUUCUAAUUGCGAGCUUCAUCGUGGUAUACAGUGCUAGUUUUCAUCCAGGUGGAAUUAAAGAUGGAGAAAAAACGAUGAAAAAUAAAGUCAAAAACGAGCCACGAAGUACGGUUCGUGGAGUAUCAAAAGGCUAUUACUUGCGACGCACGCGGACUAGGAGAAAAUACAGACAUCGAAGUAGGAAUCCAAUAACAAAUCCCCCUACAAAGAUCACUAAUGCACCAUCGUUAGGAAAGAAAAUCUGUCGGAACCACACAAGGGUUUCUCGAAUUCAAGACGAGCCUGGAUCAGUCGUAUGCUUGCGAAGAACAUCCGAAGAGCUACUGAAACAACUAGAAUCUGCUGGAGGGUUUUUAAAAAGAUAUGUGGCAGUGAACAAAUCAGAUGCAGCCAAGUUUGAAGAUUUGACAACUUUUCAAAACGAAGAAACAAAUACUCCAAAGAAAACGAAAAAGCUACGUUUUUCAAGAAAAUCUCAAGCAACAAAAUUUAAAUCAGAUUUGCUUCAUCUAAGGGAUGGCCCCACCAGCUCGCCUACAGGCACUAAAAUUCGUCAGUGCGAAGAUCGAGGCUCAAAAGUAUAUGAUACUAAUCUUCAUCGAUUAUGCACCGAAUGCUCGGCAACCACGAAUCUCGGCAAAGACAAAUUCCCCAGAUACAUAAAUGAAGUAAUUUGUGACGACGCAGACCAUCAAUGCGCCGCAAACAUGGGCUUAUGUUUCCAGCGGACAUUGCAUUUAUCGUUUUUGAGAUUUGAAGGCGAGUUUGUGGAAGACAAGCUGUUAAGCAUCGUUGCGGGAAAAACUGUUUACAAAGAAGUGUGGGACUCAUACGCUCAGGAACUAAGGUCUUGUUGUGAAUGUGAGAUGUAUCCUAGGGUUUAUAACCGAAUCGACUCUGACUCUCAAUCUGAUGAGGAGGACUCCGAAGCAGGUGAUGAAGAAGAAUUCGAGACAGAUGAUGACGACGAUGAUGAUUCAUAUAUGAGCAAAGAUGUUUGA